AUGGAGUCCGCCGUGGACUCAGCGUCGACCGCGAGCGAGGUGAGCGGCUCGUCGGGCGGUUCGCCGCGUGUGAAGGCGGCGUCGCCGGCGCGCGCCAUGAGCCCGCCCGCGUUGCUGGCGCCGCGGCUGCCGCUGCCGCCACCGGGGCUGGGCCUGCUCGGCUCCCUGCAGAUGAUGCACCACUCACCGCUAGAGCUGAUGGCGGCCGCGCACCACCACGGCCCGCCGCGCUACGGCAGCCCGCCGCCUAUCUCCACGUCGGACCCCUCCGCCAACGAGUGCAAGCUGGUCGACUACCGCGGCCAGAAGGUGGCCGCCUUCAUCAUACAGGGCGACACGAUGCUCUGCCUGCCGCAGGCGUUCGAGCUGUUCCUGAAGCACCUCGUGGGCGGCCUGCACACGGUCUAUACCAAGCUCAAGCGUCUGGACAUAGUGCCGCUCGUGUGCAACGUGGAGCAGGUGCGGAUCCUGCGUGGCCUCGGCGCCAUCCAGCCCGGCGUGAACCGCUGCAAGCUGCUCUCCUGCAAGGACUUCGACGUGCUCUACCGGGACUGCACCACCGCAAGGUACGUUUCCAACGAGCUAACACCACCGAUUACCAAUUUUAAAUGCAGAAUCGAAUCUGCUGUUCGGGUGCUACGUCCACAGUUCAACAAGCAG